ACCAAGGUUUAUAUGUCGCUCAGGACGACUGCGGCAGGUUUUUCGUUUUCUCACCUGCAACCAUGGACUUUGUACAAUUUUGCAAGAAGCUACCCAAGAUUGAGCUCCAUGCUCACAUUAACGGAAGCAUUAGUCCACAAACUAUGAAAGAGCUGGUCAAGCGCAAAAAGGCAACGAAGCCUGAACUGGCUGACUUUUCUAUUCCAGAGGGUUUAGAAUAUAUUACAGACUUCUUUCCCCUCUUCAAGUUUAUAUACCAACUGACCGACGACGAGGAGUCUGUGCGUUUGGUGACUCGUCGUACGAUUGAUGAAUUUGCCGAGGACGGUGUACGGUACCUUGAACUGCGCAGUACACCGCGCGCAAAUCCCGAAACUGGCAUGACCAAGGAAUCAUAUGUGGCUUCAGUCUUGUCUGUUGUCAAUGAACCACGCCAGAAUAUCCGGGUAAAAUUGAUUAUCUCGAUUGAUCGCCGAAACACGCUGGAAGAAGCUCAAGAGGUAGUGGAUUUGGCGAUUAAGUUCCGAGAUCAAGGCAUCGUAGGUAUUGAUCUCUGCGGAGAUGUCAUGGUGGGCUCCUUUGACAAGUUAAAGCCGGCAUUUGAGCGAGCCAAAGCGGAGCAUUUCAAAAUUACACUGCAUUUCAAUGAAGUCAAGGAGAACAUCCCCGAAGCCCCUAGUAUGCUUUCAGUCAAUCCUGACAGACUAGGCCAUGCUACACUUCUUGAUGACGCGUCACGUGAAACGAUCUACAAGAAUCAGUGCCCUAUUGAGGUUUGCAUGACAUCCAACGUGUUGUGCAAAACUGUUUCUUCUUAUGAAGCCCAUCACGUAAAAGAUUUACUUAAACAAGGCCAUCCAUUUGUCCUUUGCACUGACGACAAGGGAGUUUUCUUCUCUGAAUUAUCCAACGAGUAUGCAAAGGCAGGCGUGGCUUUUGACAUGACGCGCGAACAAUUAUUUCAAGCUUCCUUCCAAGCCAUUGAUGCUAUAUUUGAUGAUGACAGGGUGAAGGAAACGCUUAAACAAGACUGGCAAACUUGGCGGAAGCUCAACCAACAAGAAUUCAGCGGCUAAUACAUGGUCGAAUGUAGUGUUUUGGGAAAUCAACAUUCAGCAUAUAA